ACUUCCGUGUUGUUAACAAGGUACCAUCGAUUACUAGGCCUGAACGGUAAAGUUUAGAAAACAGAAAGCAAACGACGAGUUCAUCGUUAAUCCGGCUUCCUACUACCCUUGUUACGGUGCUCAGGUUUUGAGCUCACACGCGGGUCAAACUCGAUGGCCCAGCUGGUAACAUUUGGGGCCAGCUGUUAACACACUUUGGACCUGUAAGUGUAACAUCAGUUGGCAAUGGCCAGUCACUUCCGUAGCUACAUCUGGGACCCGGUCCUCAUUGUGAGUCAGAUUGUGUUGAUGCAGUGCAUCUACUACAGCUUCUUGGGUCUUUGGUUAGCUGGAGUGGACAGUCUGGUGCAAACCAGUCGGUCACUGGACCAGAUCUUCAGCUAUGAAAUCCUUGGUUUUGCAACAAUGCAGGGCAGGCUCUCAAUGAUGGCAUUCAUCUUGAACUCUCUUACCUGCGCCCUCGGUCUGUGGUUCUUUAUCCGUCGGGGGAAACAGUGCCUGGACUUCACAGUCACCGUGCACUUCUUCCAUAUGAUCGGCUGCUGGAUCUAUAAUGCUCAUCUUCCAUCCGCCCUGUCCUGGUGGCUCGUCAAUGUAGCCUGCAUGGCGUUGAUGGCUGUAAUCGGAGAGUACUUGUGCAUGCGGACUGAGCUCAUGGCUAUUCCAGUCAAUAGUGGACCCAAAUCUAAUCUGUGAAUUUCUUUCCAUACCACGCUGAAAACCUGUGGAGAGUUAAACUGUGUGGAACUCGCUCAGAGGAGGUUUUUCUCUGCUUUCAAAAGAAAUGGAGCAUGAACCUCCAUCAGCGUAGAUGUUGGAUUUUCAACCAUCUUCUCUUCAAGUGAUAAACCAGAUGAACUGAUAUAUUUAUUAUUCAUAGCUGCCACUAAAUGUUGGACAGUAGUCGCUCUGUAGCAUAUGAUACAUGCUUUAUUGCUUAUACAAGCAGAUGUCUAUUUACACCGUUCUCUGAACCUAAUGACUAUACAUUUUUUAUUUUAAGUAAUUGCACUUUUGUGUUCAUUUUAAUUACGUCAGCAUGAGCAUCCCAUUUCCUCAUUUUAAGUUUUAGGAUUUUUUUUUUGGGAUGCUUGCAUAUCCUAAAAUGACAAAUUGAAACUUCAGCGCAAAUGCAAACACCCUUGUAAAUCAGUGAUUUAUAAGGAUGAUUUGUUCUCUGUGUUUGUAUAAUAACAAGCUGGC